CUAAACCAGGGAUAAACCAGAGCAAGUGUGAACAACAUGAAGACACAAGACAUGAAGACCAGUCUGACGCACAUCAGUCUCUGUCAUUAUGUCUACCUCUCCAUUGUCACGCUGGAGGAGUUGAAGUAUCUCGGGGUCCGGAGGGGAGGAUGGAGCGUGAGAUUGACAGGUGGAUCGGUGCAGUGAUGCAGUCGCUGAAUCCGACUGUGGUGGUGAUGAAGGUCAUCUUCGCUCUGAUCUUCAUCCUCGGGGUCCUGGGGAACACUUUGGUGAUCACGGUGCUCGCGCGCAGUAAACCCGGGCAGCCGCGCAGCACAACCAACAUCUUCAUCCUGAACCUGAGUGUGGCGGACCUGUCCUACCUGCUCUUCUGCGUGCCCUUUCAGUCCACCAUCUACGUGCUGCCCACCUGGGUGCUGGGCGCGUUCAUCUGCAAGUUCAUCCACUACUUUUUCACCGUGUCCAUGUUGGUCAGCAUCUUCACACUCUCCGCCAUGUCCGUGGACCGUUAUGUGGCGAUAGUUCACGCACGGAAAUCCUCUUCUAUUCGCGUGGCAAGGCACGCGACUCUGGGUGUGGUGCUGAUUUGGGCGCUGUCUUUGGGCAUGGCGUCCCCCGUGGCACACUUUCAGGGCAUAGUGGAGCGCGAGGACAAUAACACGUUCUGCUGGGAGGUCUGGCCCGAUCAUCACCGGAAAGUCUACGUCCUGUGCACGUUCGUCUUUGGAUACCUACUGCCCCUCGUGCUCAUCUCCGUCUGCUAUGCCAAGGUUUUAAACCACCUUCACAAAAAGCUGAAGAAUGGCUCCAAAAAGUCCGAGCUCUCCAAAAGAAAGACCGCUCUGACUGUUCUGGUGGUAGUGGUGGUCUUCUGCCUCUCCUGGUUGCCCCAUCACGUGGUCCAUCUCUGGGUGGAGUUCGGCACGUUCCCCCUGAACCAGGCCUCCUUCGUCUUCAGGAUGGUCGCCCACAGCUUGGCCUACAGCAACUCCUCGGUGAACCCCAUCAUCUACGCCUUUCUGUCCGAGAACUUCAGAAACUCCUACAAACAGGUGUUCUGGUGCCAUACCCCAGACUGCCCCCUCCACGACCACAGGGACCACCGCAGCAAAAUGGACACGGCCCUAUCCACCAAUAUCAGCGCCACUUCCAAAAACAUGGACUCACAAUUCACCAAGGUGAUCUGAGUGCGCUCACAAUGAUUAUUUAUGUGCUAAUGCAAAGUGUACAGAAAUAGAACAGAUGGACAUU